AUGAGCUGCUGUGCCAUUUCACUUCUCUUGGGUUCACUCAUCAUCCUUGGCCACUGUGAUUUUCCUCCUGGUUCGUGUGAUGGAUACACAAACAUAACUGAACCAUGGCGCAACUAUUUAUUUACAUCAUCAUCAUUUCCAGAGUUCCCAAAGGAUGAUGCAGAUCUUGUUGGGAUGUGGUGGCGCUUUGUAGGGUUUGGUGGAGACAGAAUUGCAACAGGCUGCUAUGGAGGACCUAUUGGUGGUACACAAUAUUCCAUCCAUUUAGCAGACGGAUAUCAUCCAAGAACUGAAUCUGUAACUCCAACAACAGGAUAUGCAUAUGGUGAUGUUGGAACUUGCAAUGCUUAUACUAUUACAAUAAGCAUAGUCCUCUGUCCUGGAGGAUUCUACAUAUACCAACCAUCAAGUCACCCACACAGCAGUAUGGGUUAUGUAACCUAUCAUUAUAACUGUAAACCAGAAUCUUGUGGACCACUUGCUCAGUGUUCAGGUACUGGAGGCUGUAUCUGUGUUCCUGGGUAUGAAAUGCCCCGAAAACAACUACCCACACCAGAUUCAUUUUAUUGUACUGACAUUGAUGAAUGCCAGACUGCGGGGAUUUGUGGUCCAUACUCCAAUUGUACCAACACGAUUGGAUCGUACUUCUGCACCUGUUUAACUGGAUUCAAUGCAACAUAUCCAGCAUUACCGCCUGGAAAGUCCAGCCCAUGCAAAGAUAUUGAUGAAUGUCUUGAAAAUAUCUGUGGUGAUGAUGGGACCUGCAUCAACAACCCAGGAAGUUACGUGUGUGAAUGCGAUAAAGGCUAUCAUGUUGUACCCGGUGGAACUCCUGUUUGCCAAGAUAUCGAUGAUUGUUUCAACUCCACCAUCUGCGGCCCCGACUCUGUUUGCACCAACACACCUGGAUCUUAUACUUGUGCAUGUCACGUGGGUUACGCACCAACUCAACCAACCAAUGAACCCAGUCCGACCAACACCUGUAUUGAUGUUGAUGAGUGUGUCAAAGAUGCUGCUGUCUGUGGACCUAAUGCCAACUGUACAAACACAAUUGGAUCUUACCUUUGCACAUGCUUCCCUGGUUAUCGGCCAAAUGCUGGCAUGAUAGCCAGUGUUAAUAACCCAUGCACAGAUAUUGACGAGUGCACUGAGACACCUGGUAUAUGUGGUAAACAAACUGUGUGUACUAAUGUUCCGGGGACUUUCUAUUGUUCUUGCCCUGAUGGGUUCUUCCCUACAACUGGAAUCUUGUGGACGUUAGGGGUCUCAUAUUGUAAAAGUGUUCAGAUAAUUCUAGCUGAGAUAAAACCCCCAGAGGGACAGACAAAAGAGAGAACUUUUCUUGGCAACGUGGACCAACAGCUGAAAGACAAUGCAGGCCUCACCUUACCAGUAGCGACUGUGACAAACAGCUUCUCAGCAUCUAUGGAAGUGUCAGGUGUUGGACCACGUGCCAGAACCGUCAUGGUGAGUAGUAAUGGAGACGGGGAGACCGGCAGUGUGAUCCUGGGCAUCUCACACCGUUUAGUGUCUACAUUAGUGCAGCCAGGCCAGAACCAAACCAAGACAACUGCGACAACUUCAACAGUGGAUUUAAGUCUUCAAACUAUCGGACCUGGAAGCAACAAUGCAGCGAUCUCUAGUCUCUCAGCAAAUGGAAACAUUAUGGAGAUCAACCUGGAAGGUCUGGCCAAAAAUAACAAUGGUUCUGCAACAGCUGCCUUUAUGACACUGAAUGGGAUGGAGAGUCUUCUUAGUCAGCAAUACUUUGAAUCAGAAAACAGUACAGAGAUGUACUCAGAUGUCAUCACUGCAAUCUUACCCUCAAUGAACAUCACCAACCUCACAGAGCCUGUCAACUUUACCAUCCAACACAAGAAGACAUUACCUGAAUCUGGUUUCGUGACCUGUGUGUACUGGGACAAUGGAGCAGAAAAUACCAAGAACAUGCGUUGGUCAGUAGAGGGCUGUUGGGUUGCAUACACCAAUGAAAACUAUACGGUGUGCAGCUGCUCUCACCUCUCCACAUUUGCCCUCAUCUUGCAGAUAGGGGAGCCUCCACCGGAUAAUUCUUUCUUAAACUGGCUAAACCGAAUGUGUGUGAUUGUUGGACUAUUCUUCUUUGCUUUGGCCAUCUUCACCUUCCUCCUGUGUAGCUGGAACCCCAAGAUCAACAACACAGCUCGUCUUCACCUCUGCCUCAACCUCUCCUUGUCCCAACUGCUGCUGCUGUGGAACGACAGAUAUGUUGAUCAAAAGCGGUCCUGCACCGUCAUGGCGGGGCUUCUCCACUUCCUAGUUGUUGCAAGCUUUGUAUGGAUGCAGCUGGAGGCGCUUCAGCUCUACCUGUUGGUCCGGAGGCUCUCCAAGGUGCAGGUCAUCCAGAGAGAUGGCCUCCCCAGGCCAGUUCUCUGCCUGAUUGGCUACGGUGUUCCAUUUGUGAUUGUGGGUGUUUCUGCACUGGUGUAUUCUGAUGGAUAUGGUGCUACUAAGACAGGGGUGUGCUGGCUCUCUACACAGCGCAAUUUCAACUGGGCUUUAACAGGCCCUGUGAUUUUUAUCCUUGGACUUAAUUGGAUAUUGUUCUGUGCUACUCUAUGGAAUCUGAGACCCACCUUGGCCAACAUGAAAAGUGAUGUUUCUCAAUCCAAAGACACCAGGUUGAUUGUGUUCAAGAUCCUGGCCCAGUUUGUCAUACUGGGCUGCACCUGGAUUCUAGGCCUGUACCAGACAAACCUUUUCUUUCAGGUCCUCUUUAUAAUUCUUAACUCCCAACAGGGGACGCUUCUCUUCAUUGUCCACUGUGUGCUCAACAAGGAGGUUAGAGAGGAAUAUGUGAAAUGGCUGACCUGUUCUUUCAAAAAGCACAGAGAAGGAGAAUCUGUGAGAGAUGUGCCAUCAGUCUCCGAAGACAUCGACAAGGCUAAUGAAGUUGAAAUGAGAACGACAAAAGAAAGACAGAAGACAGAGAGAAGAAAUGCAAACAAUAUCCACUAGAACCAGA